AUGAUGCAAAAAAAGAUAAAGCUGCAAACGUUGCAAAAUCUGCAGAGAGUUUUAUCGCCCUUAAGGACAAACUGCUUUAGUUUUAAAAAAAGAUUUUAUCAUAUAAAUGACCUUAAGUUGGAAAACCAAUUUAUUAUAAGUAAGAAAAAUUAUACGCUUUUUUGCAAAAAUUUUGAAGGUUUAUCAUUAAGUAAUAACUAUAAUAACAUUAUGAAUAUAGAAAAAAAAGAGCAUGGAGAAAAUUAUGUUAGUAAACAUAAUGAACAUGUGCAUUUUUUUAGUUCAGACGUAAACACCUAUGUAUCAUUUAAUAUGUGCAAAGAAAAUGAGCACAAUGAAAAUUAUAAAGACAAAACUAGUAAAGGGGUUGAUCGUAAUAAUGAGGACUGGGUCGAGAGAACAGGGAAAGAGGAGUUGGACGUUAAAGAAAGAGAAAGCGAAAAUAUUAUUAAUUUAAAGAAAGAAAAGAGAAAAAAAGUGAAAAAGAAAAAGCUAAUAAUAGGUGGGAACAGAGAUGAGGAAUUAACAAAUAAGCCUAAUGUGAAGAAGGGGGAGGAAGUAAAAAUGAGCGAAAAUAGUGGAAGUGGAAAUAGUAGUGGCAAUGGAUGUGGAAGCGACAGUGCCAUAUAUGACAGGAGAAAAAAACGCAAAGGCUCGGAAAAAAAAAUUAAAAAAGUAGACGGGAAAAAAAAGGCAGAUAGGGAAGAAAACAAAAAGGACAACUACUCUAACACAGGAGACUUCAAAAAUGACAUCAUGACAACUAACGAAGUGAAUAAAAAAAAAAAAAAAAAAAAUAAUAAUAAUAAUAAUAAUAAUAAUAAUAAUAAUAAUAAACGAGUGAUUAAAUUAAAUGCAGAUAAGAAUAAUAUUAAAAAGUCAAGUGGGAAAUGCGCUGAUAAGAAUGAGUUUGAAAUGGGGGACACUUCAUUAGAAGUAAAUGGAAAUUUUAAUAAAGAGGAGUAUUUUAACAAAUUUCAACAAAUAGGAUUAAAAAAUAAUAUCUUAAUAAACAAGUUGAAUAAAGUAGAAGAUAUAUGUAAUUUUGUUAUUGAGAAUAAGUCUUCCAUACGAUUUGAAAAUAUAUAUGCAUACAAUAAUUUUUUAUAUGAAAUUUAUGAUAAAUUUUCAAACUCAGAUAUUAAAAAGGUAAAAAAAUUAAUUAAGAAUUAUAAUAAAUUAACCAAUAAAAAAUUACAAAGAAAAAUAAAAUACUUUGAAUAUUUUUAUGAUAUAUGUCCAAGGGAAUAUAAGGAGGUACUGACUUGCCUGUUUAUUCAGUCACUUGAUAUAUUAAAAGGGGAAGAUAUUAGCAAUACAUUUUAUUAUGACCAAAUAAUAAGUAGCAAUAAAGAUGGUGAGGGGAGUUGUACAGUGGAAGAAGAAUUUACAAGUUCGGAAAAAAUAAAUAACAGCAAAUGCAGAAGCACGAGCAUGAGGAGUAACGACUACAGUUUUAACGACAGCGCUAACAACAGUAAUAUUAUCAUUGACGAUUAUGAUGAUAACAAUUUUGAGGAAAACGAAGAAAAUUACCACGUAAAAAAAUAUGCACAAAAUGAAUCCAAUAUUAACAAUAAAAUUAUAUACGAAAUUGAUGUGAAUAUGUCUCCAAAAAAAGAGACAAAAAAUAGUAUGAAUGAAAAUAAUUUUAUAAUUGUUUAUAACCUACCUAUAAUAAGUUAUGACUUGUUAAGGGAAGAAUUGAAAGAGACUUUCUCCUUUUGUGGUAAAAUAAAGAGCAUAGAAUUUUUUAAUGAUCGUCUAAAAACGGUAGAUAUAAACAUACUAAAUAGUGAAGUUAAUUCUGAUGAUCUGAAACAUAAAGCAGUUGUUACAGGGGACAAGUUAGGUAAGAAGUUGAAGUUAAAAGGUGAGAACAAGUUACGUGAGACGAAUAAGACGAGGAAUACCAAUAAUAGCGCAAGCAAAAAAGGACGGAAGGAUAUGAAAAAUUCAUUAAAACCAAGCACUUACACUCAGCUAUAUGGAAUCAUAGAAUUCUAUGAUGAAAAGUCAGCAGAAUUAGCUACUAGCGAUUUUAUAAGAAUUUUUGGUAUAUUUUGUUAUAAGAAAUUAAUAUAUGUUGAUAAGUGCGUUAACAAAAAUAUUAUGAUAAUAACGCAUCUACCGUUUCAUCAAAAUAUAUAUAAUAUUUUGUACAUGUUAUUGAACGCUGCUUUAUGUAAAUUUGACGUUUUGAGUGCAGAAAAGAAGAAUGAGGCUGAACAUAUAGGUAACUCCAAAAGUGAGAAUUUCAACAAUAAUGUUAAUGUUAAUGGUAAUGGUAAUAGUAAUGGUAAUAGUAAUGGUAAUAGUAAUGGUAAUAGUAAUGGUAAUAAUAAUAGUAGUGGUAAUAAUAAUAGUAGUGGUAAUAAUAAUAGUAGUGGUAAUAAUAAUAGUAGUGGUAAUAAUAAUGGUAGUGGUAAUAAUAAUAGUAGUGGUAAUAAUAAUAGUAGUGGUAAUAAUAAUAGUAAUAGAAAUGGAAGUAAUAAGAACAGUGGAUCAUCAAUUAUUGCUAACGACGAAAAAAACGAAUUACAUAGUAAUGAUAAUAGGAGCAGGGCUAAUGCAGAAAGGAACAGCAAUAGUAAUUUUACUGACGAAGAUUGCAAGAAGGUUGCUUAUGAUAAUAGAUCCUGUGAUAGACUGAUGAAUAUGUGUAUUCAGGAGGACAAAGAAGAUAUUAGAGAGGGUAACAAUCAUAAGAAGCAUAUUGAUAAGGGAGAAAUAUUUAAAUGCCAAUUUAGCCUAAGAAAUAGUAACAUUAAAAUUGAAAGUAGUGAACAUAUUGCGGCUAAUGGUAUGCACACAUAUAGCAGCGGUACUAGUAGCUGCAACCGCGGUAGCAGCAGUAACGAUAGUAGUAAUUCAUGUAUUUAUGAUUAUAUAUACAAUAUUUCGAAGAAGAAUUUUUUUAAAUUUAAAAAAGAGAACAGUAUUGCGUUGGAAACAAAUAAAAAAAAUAAUAAUGGUACUACAUCAGAUGAAAAGAAUAACAACUUUGAAUCUUUUGCCGACUUUUACCAAAAUAAAAAUAAGAAAAUGAAAAUGAGAAAAGUGAGCAUGAGUAAUAAUGGAAGAACUCUAAUUUUGAAUUUUAAUAAUUUUACAGAUCUUUAUGAAUGCUUGAAGAAAUUUAAAUAUAUUUUUAAAAAUAAAAAUUGUAUGAUUUUUUCCUUAAACCUAAGGAGGUGCAUUUAUUUAAAUGGUGCAAUUAAGGAUCAUGUUCAGGUGAAAAGUUGGAAGAAUCGAAUAGGCAUAAAAACCGACGCAUGA